GCCAGGCUUCUCCACCUCGUCUUCCUCCUAGCUCGCGCCGCGAAACCCUAGCCGGCCACCACCAUGGACGGCUCCACCUCCAAGGGCAAGCGCAAGCGCGGCCGGAAGAGCAAGGCGGCAGAGGACCACCGCUCACCGUCACCCGAUGCCCCCGCCGCCGCCCCCGCCGCGGCGGUCUCCGACAGCCCCGCCCCGGCCGCCGCCGGCCGCCGCGGGCGCAAGUCGCGGCGCCUCGAGGCCGCAGCCGACGCGGACGCCUCGCGCCCGCCCGCGAAGCCCGUGGCGAACGGGGUGGACGCGGAGCUGGGCCCCGCGGGCUGGGAGGAGGCCGGCAGGGCGGUGCCGUCCAUGGACGCGGUCGUCAAGGUCUUCUGCGUGCACACCGAGCCCAACUUCUCGCUGCCGUGGCAGCGCAAGCGCCAGUACAGCUCCAGCAGCAGCGGCUUCGUCAUCGGCGGCCGCCGCGUCCUCACCAACGCGCACUCCGUCGAGCACUUCACCCAGGUCAAGCUCAAGAAGCGCGGCUCCGACACCAAGUACCUCGCCACCGUCCUCGCCAUUGGCACCGAGUGCGACAUUGCGCUGCUAACUGUCAGUGAUGAUGAAUUCUGGGAAGGAGUUUCACCAGUUGAAUUUGGGUCGUUACCAGCACUUCAGGAUGCAGUCACUGUUGUUGGUUAUCCAAUUGGAGGAGAUACAAUAUCAGUGACAAGUGGUGUGGUUUCUAGGAUAGAAGUACUUUCAUAUGUUCAUGGUUCUACCGAACUUUUAGGGCUGCAGAUAGAUGCAGCUAUCAAUUCAGGAAAUUCAGGUGGCCCAGCUUUUAAUGACAGGGGCAUAUGUGUUGGUAUAGCCUUUCAGUCUCUCAAACACGAAGAUGCAGAGAAUAUAGGUUAUGUGAUACCCACCCCAGUUAUCAAACACUUUAUUCAGGACUAUGAAAAAUCUGGGGCAUAUACAGGCUUCCCUAUAAUUGGGAUAGAAUGGCAGAAAAUGGAAAAUCCUGAUCUCCGGAAAGCAAUGGGAAUGAAACCGGAUCAAAAGGGUGUUCGUGUUAGGAGGGUGGAACCUACUGCUCCUGAGUCUGGAUGUCUGCAACCAUCAGAUAUUAUUCUUAGCUUUGAUGGUAUUGACAUUGCCAAUGAUGGUACAGUUCCUUUCAGGCAUGGCGAGCGCAUUGGCUUUAGUUAUCUUGUUUCUCAGAAAUAUACUGGCGACAAAGCCGUCAUUAAAGUCCUGCGCAACUCAAAAGUUCACGAAUUUAAAAUAAAGCUAGCGACCCACAAGCGGCUGAUUGCAGCUCAUGUAAAGGGCAGGCCACCAUCAUAUUACAUUGUUGCAGGCUUUGUUUUUGCAGCUGUCUCCGUUCCGUAUCUUCGUUCGGAGUAUGGGAAAGACUAUGAAUAUGAUGCACCUGUCAAGCUGCUGGUGAAGCAUUUGCAUUCAAUGGCGCAAUCACCUGAUGAACAGCUGGUUGUGGUAUCACAGGUGCUUGUGGCAGAUAUCAAUAUCGGUUAUGAAGAUAUUGUCAACACUCAGGUCCUUGCUGUCAAUGGUCAUCCUGUGAAAAAUUUGAGAGACUUGGUAACAACGGUAGAAAAUUGCAAGGACGAAUUCUUGAAGUUUGAUUUGGAGUAUGACCAGAUUGUUGUCCUUGAGAGAAAAACUGCGAAGGCUGCUACUAAGGACAUUCUAACAACACACUGUAUACCAUCGGCGAUGUCUGAUGACCUUAAGGCCUAAUGGGAGCAAGAUGUCGCCUUUGGCAGUCUGGUGGCCCUGAUCGGGGUCACAUUUUUUUGGCUGAAAUGAUUGGUAACCAGGUAAAGUUUCGAGCCUGCCAGUAGCUUCAUCUACGAGUCCACAGCCCUUCAGGGGUCCUGGAUGUCAAACAGCAGCUGAUGCAUAGAUUCAUUAAAGAGGUCUCAGAGUGAGCGAGUGACACAUCAGCAUAAUCUGGAGUUGGUGUCCAGUAGAGGGUCAUUUUGAAAGCAAUAGUGAUUAAUAAACGCGAGUUUGAUUAUUACAUUAUAUCAGCGAAGAGGAUAUAAAUCAUACUUGAUAGUCUGUAACACCAGUUAUCCUUGCAUACAGCCAGUGUCCAAUUUAUAUAGUGACAUAUUUGCAUC